AUGGACCCGGCAGCCUGUGGCGACCGACCAAACUUUUUGGAUUUUUCGUUUCAAAAAACUGUCGUGGUGUCCUCGGCGCGCGCACUCCGGGAAAGAGCGCCCGAAACGAGGAAGAUGACGAACCCCGCCGACGCGACGCAGGUUGACAUCGCGGAGAAGGAGAACGCGCCCUCCCCGGCGGUGAAAGCCUCGCCGAAACCCGCGGCGAACGGCGACGGCUCGUCCAAGUUCGUGAACGUCGACGGCAAGGUGAAGCAUCGCAGGGUGGUCAAGGCUGACGGCGUCGACGCGAUGACGCAAGCCGACGCGACGGUCGGCGCCGAGCAGGAGCACGUGAACGAUUACGAACGGCAGCGCGAGGAACGCAUCCGGCGCAACAACGAGCGGCUCAGGGCGCUCAAGGUGCUCGACACCGCGAAGGCGCUCGAGGCGUCCGCGGCCGCCGCCUCGAACGCCGCCGCCGCCAACGUCGUCAAGCGACCGCCCGGAAAGGCCCGCGGAGGCAGACCCAAGGCGCCGCCGCCGCCGCCGCGCGCCAAGUCUCGCAGACUCGCCGUCGUCGCAAACACCGACGCCGCGCUCGCCGCGAAGCUCCAGGCUGCCGAGGACGACGGCGGGUUCAUGGACUCGAUCGACGACGACGACGACGCGACGCCCGCGCACCUCACGUGCGAGGAAUGGUGCGAGAAGAGAGGGCUCGCUCCGGGACCCAAGAUGGAUGGGCACUUUCGAGGGUGGGUCGCGCCGGAUCUGGUGCAGUCGCUCGGGCUGGCGGCGAGCGCGGCGGAGGCGUGGGAGAGCAACGGCGGCGGGUCGUUCGCCAAGGCGGGCAAGGCCGGCAAGGGCGAAAACGCCAAGGAGUUUGCCCGUAAGAUGAUAAAGAAGAACCCGAACUGCUACUUUUACCGGCACAACGCGCCGGGGCAGGAUGCGUGGCACGGGGACUGGGCCGAGGAUGAGAUACAGCGAUUCGUUCAGGUGGCCAAGGAGCACGGGUGCGGGGAUAAGUGGGGACUGUUCGCGUCCUACAUCCCGCACAGGGUCGGGUACCAGUGCAGCGCCGCGUACAGGCACGUCAUCAUCCCUCGCGGUCUUCUGCUGGACGACCAGUUCGUGAUGUCCAGGUCGGGCGAGGCCGUUUACGUCGGGAAGAAAGGGAGCAAGGGAAGCGCGUGA